AUGAGGCUACUUUGGGACCUGCAAUGUGGAAGCUCAGAUAGAAUCUGGAUCAAAUGGUGUAAUUCACACCUUCUAAAAUCCAGAAACAUUUGGUCUCUAAAAAUUCCUCACUCAUGCACAUGGAGUUGGAGGAAAAUUUUACAGUUAAGAUAUCCAGCUAGAUUAUUAAUAAAACAUAAAGUUGGUAAUGGAGCAGAUACCUCAUUUUGGUGGGAUAAUUGGGCUCAAGGAGGUCUUCUCUGCAUUAGAUUCCUAACAAAUGUUCUUACAGAUCAUGGUCUUAAUGAUUCCAUCACUCUUGACAACUUCAUUGAAGGAUCCACUUGGUCAUUUCCACAGUCACUCACAGCUAUCAUCCCUGAGUUAAUGCAAUUACAGCUUCCAUGUCCAUCAAUUGCUAAUAAGAAGGUAUGGACUGCAUCUUCUACUGGACAAUACAACUUCAGUCACACUGCUGCUCACUUGGCUGGGAAUUUGAAAUGGUGCCGUGGUCUAAUUUGGUGUGGAAAUCCCCAAUUAUCCCUAAAAUGA